GGCGCCAGGCCGCGGCCGGGCUGGGCGGGAGGCGGCCGCGGGGGCGCGAUGGCGGAUUACGAGGCGGUGCAGCGCGGGCCGCUGAGGCUGAAGGGCAGCGGCGCGGCCCUGAGCGCCGGCAAACGGAAGAAGAAGAAGGCGAAGGACAAAGCGCAGCUGGUGGAGCAGAUGGUGAGCAGCAAGAAGCAGGAGGAGGAGAAGAAGCGAGGGUUGGACAAGAGGACUCCGGCGCAGGUGGCCUACGAGAAGAUGCAGGAGAAGCGGCAAAUGGAGAGGAUCCUGAAGAAAGCGUCUAAAACCCACAAGCAGCGAGUGGAGGACUUCAACAGGCACUUGGAUACCCUCACUGAGCAUUAUGACAUUCCUAAAGUCAGCUGGACUAAAUGAAUGGACUGUGGGGGUCAGGGGGUGUGUUUUGUUGUACAGAGUUGCUAUGUAAAUCCAUGUAUUCUCCCUAUUGAAUGUUUACUUUAUCUUCUAAA